CACAACGCGUACGUGAAUAUCAGCACAAAACCAGCAGCAGUGUUUAUAAAGGCCCGUCUUGGCGUCAAUUACGGAGUGUUUGGCUCUCAGUGGAAGUGUCAGCGUGUAGAUAUUCAUUAGACGGUGCUGGAAAACACCACAACGCUACUUAUUCACCCGGCUUCCAGUCCGACGUGAGACAUGAAGAGAUACCGAGAGCGAUGGAGAGUAGAUUCUGUGUUUUGAACGACACCGAAGAUCUCCAAACGCGAAUUUUAAACACUGAGAACAGUCUCCACUUCGAAAGGUCUAAGACACUGUUUGAGGAAAUCCGUGCCUCCAUAAACAACAACGACGAAGAGGACCGCUCCUUCUGGAGGCCUGUGCUCCCAUGGGGUGGCGUCUUCACCAUCAAAGCCGGACGGAAAGCCAUAUCAUGCACACCUCUGUACGUGAAAAUCCACCUAAAGAACACCUGCACCAUCGAUGGCUUCCUCAUGAUCCUGUAUGUGAUCCUGCGGGACAACCAGGGCUUUCGCAGGGAGCUGGCAGUCUUCCUGGGCAAGCAGUUUGUGGAGUAUUUCCUCUACCUGAUGGACUCCUGUGACUACACUACGGUGAAGAUGCUGUGGAUCUGGGACAGGAUGUCCAAGAGACAGUACCGCUCUGAGAUCCACCAGGCAGCCCUGGAGAUAGACCUGUUUGGCAACGAGCAUGAGAACUUCACAGAGAACCUGGAGAACCUCAUGUCCACCAUGCAGGAGAGCCUGUGCACCAACUGGAGCUGUCCGUCCCGCUUCCAGGAUUUCAUCAAGACCACCAUCAACAUCAGUCCUCCCUAUGAGCUGCCCCACAGAGACCCAAUUCAGUCGGCCGUGGACGAGUUCUUCUGCCCCAAGCUCCUGCUCUGCUCAGAACUGGGGUGUGAUGGCCUACGGGAGUUCUCCCGGAGGGUUUUCUGCCACGGACCCCCACCUUUUGUUAUUCUCAACAUGCAGCAGUGGAAGUCAGAAGAGCUGUCCUAUGUCCCGUACCACCUGGCCCUCUGUCAGCACAGGUACUUACUAGAGGGCGCCACACUCUUCAACAAAGAGGAACACCACUAUUCUGCAGCCUUCCAGAUAGAUGGCUGCUGGAUGCACUACGACGGCCUGAGGAGUGAUAAUCUGAUCCUGUUACACAAGCCUCCAGAGCUCCUGCUGCUGUCCUCUCUGGUCUACAUCCGCGCUUCUGACAAGUGAACUUGUUUUGUCACAGGUGGACAUACAUACAGUACAGACGAGCCGAAGUCACGCCAAGCACAAGAGCGAAUGCAUUCAUCCUUUCUUUGAUUAUUCUAUCAUGAACCCUUAUUACCGGCAUUACAUUGGUGUAACUGCAUCAUUAGAAUUUUAAUUCAUUCCUGCCUUGUGUAUGCUUCCGCUGUCAGCUGUUAGACUGAAUGACAAACGCUUCGUUUCACUUGAACGCUUGCAGAGAGCUUACUGUGCAAAAAUGAAAAUUACUUCUUUUUGAGUGUGCUUGGAAUCCAAGAAUAUAAUGGACUAUAUUAGUUCCGGGUUGAUAUACAUAAAUGAUGCUACCAGUGAUCAUUUACAUGUUAUCUUCUAUGAAACAGACUGUUAAUUGGUUUUGCGGUGGUUGUUAAAUGGGUUAAACUGGUGCAUUUGCUUUAAAAGUAGCCCUGUGGAUGUUUGGAGUGACAGUACAUCAUAUUCGCAGCAGAAGUAUACACAGGUCAGCCACAACAUUAAAACCACCUGCCUAGAAUUGUGCAGGUCUCCCUCAUGCUGCCGCAGCAGCUUGGUGUGUCGUAUAUGGUCGAGUAACAUCCAUGUGAACACCAAGAGGUUUUCCAGCAGCACAUUGUAUUAUAACGAGUCGAUCAGUGUUACUCACUUGUCAGUGGUUUGUAAUGUUGUGGCUAAUCAGUGUGCAGCCUUUUGUGUUAGUUUCACUUCACAUUUAUGCAUAUCAGCCCUUUUAAAAUUAAACUGGUGCUUUUCCUAUUUACACUGUGGUCUGAGAUCAAGAAGCAACCAAACAAUGUCAGGAUAACAUCUUGUUUGUUAAGAUGUUUGAACUGGAGGAAAAGCAUUUAAUACAAUAAGUGAACGUUAUAAUACAAAUGAUACAAACGCUAACGGCAGCCGAAAGUCUUUUCUGACACUAAAUAUGACCUAUUUGGCUUCCCUGGCACAAAGCACACGGCGUGUCCACGACGACAAAAUAAAUGCAUUUUAACACUUUAGCUUGGCACUCACUGCAGUCUUCGACACAUUUAUUUUGUAAACGUGUAAAAGAAUUACUGUUACUCACACAGUGCCUCUGCCCAGGAAAGUUUGUGAAAGUGAGUGUUGAUUAAGAUAAUUUUUUUAUGGCUCUUUUUUCUAUGCAGACACCGUCUUUAAAAUGCAAAUACAGAUAUUUUGGAAUA